AUGUGUGACCGGUUGGCCGCUCUGGACGGCCUCGUGCCGCCCGCCGCGGUGGCCUGCAGGUCAACGCCGUCGUCCCCGAACGCGUAUCGGGCCGUCGUCCAACUGCAACAACUGGAGAAGACCGCGUCCGUGCCAGAUCUGCAGCAGAAGAGGCAUCAUCACGGCGACGGGCCCGCGGCCGAUCACCAAGCCGCUCCGGCGUCCGCGUGUCCAGACUCCAAAUCCGACGGCUGUCUGACCGAGACCGGACGACGGGCGCCUGUCACCAGCCUGAGUGGCACUUUUCUCACGCCUCCUUGCAAGGUAAGCCGCGCCUUUAUUUCUUAA